AUCACAGAACAGGCUGACAAUUCCGGCUCGCAAUGUUUCUCAUGAAGCAGCGAGAUGCGAGUGGGGAGCCCUUGGGGAAGAUAUCCUGCACCUCUGAGAUCCAAGCAGCCUUCAUUCUCACCCCCUUCGUUACCUUCUUCACCGGCCUCAUCAUCUUAUUCAUCUUCAGGCUCAUCUGGAGAGUCUUUAGAAAAUGGCAAAACAUCAAGGGGACAGGAAUUAUCUUGGAACUCUUCUCAUUGGGCAGCAUCGGCCAUAACCCGUUAAGAAGGCUUUAUUUUUAUGGACUGUUCCGUGAUCGCAUAGAAAUGCUGCUUUCGGCACAGACCUUUGUGGGGAAAGCGUUGGUGAUCCUCGUCUUUGUACUAAGCAUCGGGUCUCUUAUAAUCUAUUUCAUCAAUUCCACCGACCCUGUUAGAAGCUGUUCUUCAUACCAAGACAAAACCAUCCCUGUUGAUUUGAUUUUCAAUGCUUUCUUCAGUUUCUAUUUCGGAUUGAGAUUUUUGGCAGCUGAUGACAAGAUCAAGUUCUGGCUGGAGAUGAAUUCCAUUGUAGAUGUUUUUACCAUCCCACAAACUUUUAUGUCUUAUUAUUUGAAGAGCAAUUGGCUAGGUUUAAGGUUCCUACGAGCAUUGCGGCUACUAGAACUUCCUCAAAUCUUGCAAAUUCUACAAGUCAUCAAGACCAGUAAUUCAGUAAAGUUUUCCAAACUGAUGGCUAUAGUUCUCAGCAGCUGGUUCACGGCGGCAGGAUUCAUUCACCUGGUGGAAAAUUCCGGUGACCCAUGGCUCAAAGGUAGAAAUUCACAGAAUAUAUCAUACUUUGAAUCCAUUUACCUGGUCGUGGUGACAACCUCAACGGUUGGCUUUGGCGAUGUGGUGGCCAAGACUUUCUUAGGACGGACCUUCAUCAUGUUCUUCACCCUGGGGAGUUUGAUACUAUUUGCCAUCUAUGUCCCUGAAAUGGUGGAACUUUUUGCUAACACGAGGAACUACACCAGGUCCUAUGAUGUGGUCAAAGGGAAGAAGUACAUCGUGGUCUGUGGCAACAUCACUGUGGACAGUGUGACGGCUUUCCUGAGGAACUUCCUCCGCCACAAGUCGGGGGAAAUCAACACGGAGAUUGUCUUCCUGGGAGAGUCCCCUCCUUCUUUGGAGCUGGAGACGAUAUUUAAGUGCAAUUUGGCCUACACGACUUUUAUCUGCGGAUCUGCACUGAAGUGGGAGGAUCUGAAGCGGGUUGCGGUGGAAUCUGCAGAAGCCUGCCUGAUCAUAGCCAACCCUUUGUGCAGCGACUCGCAUGCUGAAGACACUUCAAACGUCAUGAGGGUACGCUGCAUCAAGAACUAUUACCCCAAGACCAGAGUCAUCAUACAAAUACUUCAGUCCCAUAACAAGGUCUACUUGCCAAGGAUUCCCAGCUGGAACUGGAGUACUGGAGACAAUAUCAUCUGCUUUGCUGAAUUAAAGCUUGGAUUCAUUGCCCAAGGCUGCUUGGUGCCAGGCUUGUGCACCCUUCUAACGUCUCUAUUUGUUGAGCAAAACAAAAAGAUCAUUCCUAAACAGCCCUGGGAGAAACAUUUCUUGAAUGGUCUGAAGAACAAAGUUCUAACUCAACGUCUCUCCGAUGAUUUUGCUGGAAUGAGUUUUCCUGAAGUUUCCCGGCUCUGCUUUGUGAAGAUGAAUCUCAUGCUCAUAGCCAUCGAACACAAAUCUGUCGUUCACGGUGGUUACUGUGGCUUGAUACUCAAUCCCCCUGCACAAGUUAGGCUGCGUAAGAAUACAUUAGGGUUCUUUAUUGCUGAAUCUUCAAAAGAAGUCAAAAGAGCCUCCUUUUACUGUCUCAGCUGUCACAGUGAUGUGACUACUCCUGAGCUAAUUGCAAAAUGUGGCUGCAGAAAUAGGAGCCGACAGCACCUCACAGGUACAGGAAAAAUGGUCAUGAAAAGCAACUUAAAGGACAUUUCUUCCACUCCAGCAAUGCAGCAUCCUGUAUCAAAGGGGCACUCAAACAUCAUUAGCUGGAGCAGCCUGGCCACCAGGACUUUCCUGUGUGAUGUGGACCAGGACUCUGAGCAGCUCGACAGCAGUGGCAUGUUCCACUGGUGCAAAGCCACCCCUCUGGACAAGGUGAUUUUGAAACGCACGGAUAAGUCAAAGCACGAGUUUCGGAACCACAUUGUCGCAUGUGUCUUUGGAGACACCCAUUCGGCUUUGAUGGGGCUUCAGAACUUUGUGAUGCCUUUGCGAGCGAGCAACUACACCCGGAGGGAGCUGAAGGACAUUGUGUUCAUCGGGUCUCUGGAUUACAUGCAGAGAGAGUGGCGCUUUCUCCGGAACUUUCCCCAGAUAUAUGUUAUGCCUGGAUCUGCACUCUACACCGCGGACCUGCACGUGGCCAACAUUGAGUACUGCUCCAUGUGCGCCAUCCUAUCCCCCCCCUCCAAGCCGUCCAGUAGCCAGACACUGGUAGACACGGAGACCAUCAUGGCCACCCUCAACAUCAGAUCCCUGCGCAUUGGCUCCUGUGCCCAUGCCACGUCAGAUCGAGUGGCAACCGACUUAAAUGAAAACUACGGGAAAACAAAAUACCGAAGAAUUCCCGUCCUCACUGAACUCAAAAAUCCUUCCAACAUCCACUUUAUCGAACAGCUUGGCGGACUGGAGGGGAGCCUCAAGGAAACCAACCUGCAUCUCAGCACUUCCUUCUCCACAGGCACCGUGUUUUCUGGCAACUUCCUCGAUUCCCUCCUGGCCACGGCCUUCUACAACUACCACGUCCUGGAAUUACUUCAGAUGCUGGUGACAGGAGGGAUAUGUUCUCAGCUGGAGCAACACUUGAAUAAGGAUAAGCUCUCUGAGCUGCCCGACAGUUGCACUACAUUCUUCUCUGGAAGAUCGCGGUGUAAGCUGGGGCUUCUGUCCUUAGACCAAACCAUUUUAUCAGCUAUUAAACCAAGGGAAACCUUUGGACAACUAUUCUGUGGCACAUUAGAUAAUCUGGGAAUCCUGUGUGUUGGUUUAUAUCGUCUGAUAGAGGAAGAGGAAUGGAAUCCGGAAAACAAAAGGGGAGUAUGCCAGUUUGGAAAUUCACUCACACAAGCACAGCAACCAGAAUUACCUUAUUCAUUGUGAAAGAGAAGUCCGGAGCCUGGGGUACACAGUUGCAAGGAAGGGUACAAAUGAAAUUAAUAAUGAUACAGGGUAUAAACAAGAACCCCAAUGCCAAAGGCAGUAGAGUCUCUGUCCCCUGUGAAAACUGAAAUGUAGACCUAGAUUUUAAAUCCAAAUUCUUUUGUAACUUACCCUUCAUCCAUGCCCGUGCAACCUUCUGAAGCUGAAAGCCACUGUCAACAUCAUUAGAAAGUCUUCCUUGUAGUCUGCUGGAUUUGUUGGACUUCGCUGGACCAUGGGGUGCAUUUUUUUUUCCUACCCACUGCACUUUGUGCCUAUAAAUCAUGCGAGUGAUAUGUUCAAAUUUAAAGAAAGAUCACUGUGACAGCAGCGAGGAAGACAGAGGAAAUGGAGAAGAGGGUGGGAGGAGAAGAGAAGGGGCAGUCAAGAGACACACGGGUCCAAGCUAAGAAUCUCACAUGGAGAUGGACAGCAUUUAGGAGAAAAGGAGAAAUUAAAAUUGAUAGAGUGGAAAUGGACUGAUGGAACUUGUUCCAGGAGAAAGGAGAAGGAAGCCAAAUUACUCAAAGUGAAGUGGUCUUGAAUAGGAGAAAAACACUUUUCUGCUCAUAAAAGGAGACAAGGGUGCGAAGAAAAGAUGCUAAGGUAGCUACGGCUCUAGGUGAGGGAUGUGCUUGUGUGAGUUUUUAUUUAGCACUAGGAUUUCUCCGCACUUAGCCAUUGCUCGGAGAGAAGAUGGAAGAAAUAUCACAAGGAGUUGAGAGAGAGCUAAAAGUUUAGAUCAAGUGCUAAAAGGAGUGGAAGAGAAGGCUUACUGGGGAUUUGUGAAGCAAGGCUAGACAGUAAAGUGAAGGAUCAAGGAUUGGAAAUCCUGAUGAAGUUAAAGAGUAGAUGAACUCAGAGUAAGGCAACAAGAGAGGAAGAACAUUGGGAAGCUGUGGUCAAAGAGUGAUUGACUGGAGCUUAAGAUGGUUGAGGCGGUACAGUGUCAGUAAACCUUGACAUCCAGGACGUGGCCAGGCAACCUGUUUGGGGAUAAAGACCACUGGGUAGUUGACAUCAUAGAGACGUGUCUUGAUGGUAGGGCCAUAAACUGCAGAGAUAUUGUAGGUGCAUAAGCUGACAGUGGCACUGGAGUCUGAAAGAACGUGGACCCCAAGUUCCAAAUUACCCAAAUAAACAUGGAGCCUAUAAAUGACACAGAAGAAUCAGGAGGGAGUUUAUGGCUUUACAGAACUCACCGUGAAGACAGUGGGGGAGCAGUGAUGUUCUGGAAGCAACACCAGAAAGCAUGAGUAAUCAAUAUUCUC